CUAGAGUUUGGCUAGCCAAAUUCAACUGAAGGCUGACUGUAGUUAUAAACUCAUGGCCUUACUACAAGAUGAAAACUUCAAAGCAGAAUUACUGGCAGACUUACAAGCUGACCCUACCAAAUUUUUUACGAUGGUAGAAAAAGAGUUGGAAGAUAUAUCCAAGACAAAGCCUGUGGAUCAGUAUGUUCGGUUGCAGAAAAUAGGUCAGGGUACUUUUGGGGAGGUUUUCAAAGUUCGGCAUAAGUCUACAAAGCAGCAUUUCGCUCUGAAACGAAUACGUAUGGAGCAAGAAAAGGAAGGAUUUCCCAUAACUGCUUUAAGAGAAAUCAGAAUUUUACAGUCCCUCGAUCACGAGAACAUUGUGCGUCUGAAAGAAAUAUGCCAUAGUCCACCUAAUGCUGGUAAUGGAUUUAAACCACAAUUUUAUCUCGUUUUUGAGUUUUGUGACCACGAUCUUGCGGGUUUGAGUCAACAAAUUGACUUUACAGAACCUGUUAAGAAAGCGAUUAUGAAACAAUUACUCACAGGAGUAUUUUAUCUUCACCUAAAUAACGUUUUACAUCGUGAUUUAAAAGCUGCAAACAUUUUGAUUGACAAGAAUGGUAUUCUAAAGAUAGCUGAUUUCGGCUUAGCUCGUACCACUGUCGCAUCUAUACGACCUGAUAGACCAACACGCUAUACUGGUCGCGUGGUUACUUUAUGGUAUCGACCUCCAGAAAUUCUGUUAAAUGAUCGUCAUUAUGGAAAGCCUGUUGAUAUGUGGGGUGCUGGAUGUAUUAUGGCUGAAUUAUGGACAAAGUAUCCCAUUAUGCAGGGGGAUAACGAAAUUAGCCAGUUAAACUUAAUCAUCAAUCUCUGUGGAUCUAUAACACCUGAAAUUUGGCCUGGUGUAGAACGUUUAGAAACUUAUCGAGAGGCUCGUUUACCACAGGAUAUCAAGCGCCAUGUUCGAGAGAAACUAACUCCUAAAAUAUCAUCUCUUGCUGCAGUAGAUCUUAUUGAUCAGUUGCUUGUCUUAGAUCCUAGCAAACGUCUUGAUGCUGAACAAGCUCUUUCACACGAUUAUUUCUACGAGGAUCCUCCUGCAGGUGAUUUAAGAUCAUUUUCUAAAUCUGGAACAUCAUAUCUUGAAUUUUUAUCAUCGAGCAAUGUUCGUGGUCGUAUGUUACAAGGUGCGAAUCGUGCAGGAAUAGUUCGAGGACCUGUUGUUGGCCCAGGUCAGCAGAUGAACUACCUUAGUGGGCCUGGUAUUAUGCAUCCGAAUCGUCGUCCACCUCAACCAGAUGAUAAUUCGUAUUACGAACGUGUUUUCUAAAAGUUACAUGUAAAUAAGUUUAUCUGAUUUCCUUCUUUUUAUUCUUAUUCUUCUACUUAGUGUCACUUAUGUAUAUAUUGUGGUGAUAUAAUACUUUAAUAUUGAUACUACUAAUCUCAAUCCCUUUAGGAAAGAAAGCACUUGUAAAUUUUGUUCUACUUUCAGUAAUGAUUUGGAAAAGUUUGCGUGCAUACUGUAUAAUUAACAAAAAAGAUAUCGUUCUCUGAAUUCCCAACCAUUGUUUUAUCAUAAUCACCUUGUUGCAUAAUUUUCUAAUCGCCUAAUAAUAUUAUUAUGCCUAGACCCCUCUUUGAUAUUUCUACAUUUCAUGGACUUUGUAAAGUACACAUGACCAGUCAUUUUUGUUGGAAUUCGCAUCAUUAUUUAAAAAAAAUCAUGUAAAUAUCAUUAUACAACCUUAUAAUAAAUUUGUUGAAAAGAGUCACUUCUCUGAAUCACUUUUUUGAUGUAUGACCUAAGGAGGAUUUUCUAUGAAUCCUGACCAACUAUCUAGGCACGCUCACCAUGGAUAUAAUGAGCCAGUUCUGUGUCUUCAGGCAUGCUAGUUACACGACUGGUGUAGAUGAUUGUAAAGUGAUUGACUAACGGAAUAUGCUAGAGGGAGAUUAGUUGUGGAUUUCAUUCAUCCAGAAGCUCACAUGGCGUAAGAUACAUGUACUUGUAGAGUGUUCACCACCUGUACGUUUCUCUGUCGUCAUUUGGCGAAGCCUCGUAUAACCUAACCACAAUUUGAUGUUGGGUGGAUGCUUAGGAAUUAUCGGGGAUGGUUUUUUACAAGCAAAUUUCUGCAUCCAGUGUUAGCAGCCUCACCAGUGAAGGGGUACUGAAGGAUAUAAAAUGUUCUGGCAUUUCAGUUAGUGUUUACCGUGUCAAGGGUAAGUUGGUGUACAUAUUUAUUUUCACUUUCAUCCUACAUUCGUUUUGAUACAGAAUGUAUUCACACGGAUUAAGUGAAUUUGAUUAAUUGUCUCAUUGGUUAUGAUCAAAAGAACCAUUACUAGUCGUUGGAGGAUUAUAUAAGGAUCUUACUGGGUUAUAACCUCGAUUAAUUAACCAAAUACCACUAUAUAUUGACCCCGAUAUUAAGAACAUUCAGAAACAACAAAAUAACAGGACUUAAGUAAGAUAUUACAGAGGGUUGUGGUAUGUGGUGUUUGUUGACGAUCGAUAAAUUAUUCUUUCAAAUAGUUCUGUGGUGUAUAUAACCGUAGUAAGUUAUGGCGUUGCAAACCUAAGAUGGUCUUUCUGAACUAGUUUCCUCUUCCUGCUUUCUCUCUCUUUUCAUUAAAUAAGCGAAUUGUAAGCAAGAUGGCUGGUGAUUGCUGAUCAGCCGACCUAGUAGUGGAGGCAUUUGGGAAGCAGCCUUUUCUGUGGGAUACCACAAUCCUUAGCUAUAGCUCCUAAUUUUGAAAAAGAAAACUGUCUCAGAUCCAGUGCUUUGUAAUGAUCCCUUUUCAUUUUAUUCUUUUUCGUUCUGAGUGAAACUUAGGGCUUCAAACUGGAGCUUCGAAGUUUCAGUAGCAGUAGUGUUUAGUUUUUAUGGGGUAGGGUUGCUGGCCCCAAGCCCAAAUUUGCCUCUUUAAUUAGCUUACUACGGGCUAGGCGGGGUUUAAGAGUGCGUUGGUCGGGGUUUGAACUGCGGACCAUGUGAAUUGUUGGUGAGUGUC